CGUCCCAUAAAAUGAUAUCCAAUCAAAAGCUUCAAAUCAGACCGUUUAGGUUUCAAAGCAUGUGUUGACAUUCUUGAGAUCACAUGCAGGGAGAGUGCUGACAACAAACUAAAAAUGCACUUAUAGCAUAAAUAUAUUGAUUUAUGUUUUAAUUAUCAUGAGUUUGUGGAAUACAAUUAAACAAAGGUACAAUGACAGAACGGGUGCAGACGCUUCCAAUACGAAAAUUUUUAGAGAAUAUGGGACUAGUGCAAUACUUGGACAUGUUUUUGAUAAGAGGCUAUGACAGAGAAACUGACAUUACUUCUCUAGAUGAGAAUGAUUUAGACACAAUGUUGAUCUCGGAUCCUGAUCACAGGCACCAAAUAUUACAGGCUGCGGCCCAGUAUCGGUCUCCUGGAAGUUUUCGAGUUCUUGAAUGGUUACAGCGUAAUGGUUUGGAACAUUAUUACGUCGGUUUCAUACAGAGUGAAAUUACGUCAAUGAACGAUGUAAAAAAUAUGAAAGUAGAUGAGAAUCUGUUUGAUGAACUUGAAAUAACACUUCCUGGACACAAAAAGAGACUGAAAAGAGCAGUGACCCAGUUACAGAAGGAGCAGGUAGGAGACUGUCCCACGGAGGAUGUGUUAGCAUGUGGUCGGUGGAAAAAACCGGCAACACUCAGCGACGCCAAGUUUGAUUUUCUUGUAGUUGAUGCCAGUAUUUACUCAACUAAGGAAUCCUCAAAAUACCGUAGAAUAGAGUUCAUGGUGGACACGGGCAGUGACGUGACCACGAUUCGACAAGAAGUUUUAGAUGAACUAGACCUAGAAAUUCUGGGGCGAAUACACAGUAAAGGUGUUCACGGUUCCAAAACCACGACCCUGUACAAGGCGAAAAUACUCAUAGGAAAUCAGGAGAUGGAAAUAGAGGUCAUGGGAGAGAGUUACGAUUCAUUAGGAAGUCGUGUUGUACGGCAUUUUCGUCAUUACGUUGACGGCAAGCAUCACGUGUGGCUUCGCGGGAAUUUCUGUGACGAAGACAGUAAACUGUGUCAAACGGCUAAAUACCAGGCCCUGAAUAACGAUACCUCUCAUCAGUCAGAUAUUUCUGAAUCCUUCAACAGUGCAAUAGCUUCCCAACCCAGAAGUCCUAAAGUCCAAGACAACCAAACAACAGACAGUGCUAUACAUUGCAAUUCUACCUCAAAAAAGCGGAAGAGAACGUCAACAGAGGAAGACGGUGUUCCGUCCAAAAUGUCUUCCACGACAUAUCUCCAUGUAUCGCCUGAUGAAUUAGACCUGUGAUACAUUUACUGUCAUUAGUCAUUUGAAUCAUUUACAGGAAAGAAUUCAAACUUUAUUGGGCAUUUUUAUCAUUUCAUAUAUGUUAGAGAUGAAAUAUGGUAAACUUUCCGUCCAUGUUAAUUCAAAGAAUUCGAUAUUCCUUUAGGCUGUAUUUAUAUCUUGUAAAUAGUAAAGAUAUGCCAGUAUAAUAUUUAUUCUUCAUAUCUAUAAAGCUAAAAUCAAUCUAAUUAAAGUUAAAUCCUUUGAUCCGCUCACAUACGACCGUUACUAAAACUUGUUAAAUCCUUUGUGUUGCGGUUGUAUGUGAGCGGAUUAAAGCUAGGAUCUAAUUUUAAUAAAAUUGAGUUAAAUUUAAUUUACACGUAUUCUUGAAAAGUUAAUGAUGGUUGUUGUUGUGCUCCGAGUAUAUGUUUUAACAUGUGUGUAUUAAAAAUUAUUAUAUGUACCCUAA